AUGUUUACCAAGCUGCUCAAACCUGUGUUUAAAGUCCUUAGAGAAAAAGGCCUCUUCUCAUCUGCAUACAUAGAUGAUCUUUAUCUGCAAGGAGAUACCUUUCAUGAGUGUCUUGAAAAUGCCUUGAAUACAGUGCAACUGCUUAGAGAUCUUGGAUUUGUAGUCCAAGAGGAAAAGUCUUGUCUGCAUCCCUCUCAACAACUCGAGUAUUUGGGCUUUGUCCUGAACUCAGUGUCAAUGACGGUACGACCCUCUCAUGCUAGAGUUGAAAAGGUGGUCCAAGCAUGUGAAAAGCUUCUCAGUAACUCCCAUCCCACCAUACGUCAUCUAGCAGAGGUUAUUGGGCUUAUGGUCUCCAGCUUCCCCGCCAGGGAACAUGGCCCAUUACACUACCGUAGCCUUGACAUUGAGAAAAUUGAGGGUUUGAGACAAACUAAAGGCAAUUUCUCUAGUGAAAUAUCUCUAUCUGUUAAUUCAAGAGAGGAACUGCAGUGGUGGAUUGCAAACCAACUUUUUUCCUGUAAAGCAAUCUCACAUGGUGAAGCUGAUAUAGUAAUCCAAACUGAUGCCUCUUCUCGAGGUUGGGGAGGGGUGCAUGGCGACCAGAGAGCAGGGGGUAGAUGGACCCCCACAGAAGCACUAAAUCACAUCAAUUACCUUGAAAUGCUCGCUAUAUUUUUAUCCCACAAAGCUUUGUGUGGUGCACACAAAAAUGAACACAUCCAGGUACAAUGUGACAACACUACUGCAGUGUCCUACAUAAAUAACAUUGGUGGAAGUAAACCCAUUCCAUGUAAUGAGGUAACUAAACAAAUCUGGGCCCUGUGUAUUGCUAAUAAUAACUGGCUCAGUACUACAUAUUUACCCGGAUGUAAAAAUGUAGAAGCUGAUGCAGAAUCUAGGUAUUUAAUGACCGCACAGAGUGGAUGUUAG